CUCUGGUGUUUUUAUCUGGGCAGCACAAACUCUUCCUCCUUUUUUCUCCUCUUCACCGGCUUUCUCUCUCUCUCUCUCUCUCUCUCUCUCUCUCUCUCUCUCUCUCUCUCUCUCUCUCUCUUUCUUCUAUGUGUCUCUCUCCUUCUCUCUCUCCCUCUCACUAGCCCACUCUGAGGUCAGAGUGGAGGGUUUUUCUACCGAGGUAACCCAGAGCAGUCCCCUUGGCGACGGGGAGACCUGGGUUUAAAGAGGCUGGUCAUCGUAAGGUGGGCGGGGGGAGAGGAGGGGGUUCCCUAUCCGUGAGUGUGUUUGUUUGGAUGUGUGUGUGGUGUGUGGUGUGGUGUGGUGCGGUGCGUUUCUUCGGCUGCAGCGUGAGGGGCAGCAGAUAGCAGGAGAAGUGGGACAGUGCGGACGGAGGAGAACAAUGCCCAGUCUAAGUGUGGGAGGAGGACCACUCGACACGGACAUCUUCAACAUGGACCAACAUGGAGAUGACAGGAGGCACAACGGUAACAUUGGAAAGAACUUUAUGUGCCGACUGCAGUGCAUGUUCUCACACACGUCAAGCUCCGAGAGCAGGCUAAGUUUAGAGGAUACCCAACAAUGGUCACAGUCACUGGAAAGGCUCCUGGAAUCUAAAUAUGGGCUGGCUACUUUCCGAACUUUCCUCAAAUCGGAAUUCAGUGACGAGAAUAUUGAGUUUUGGCUCACCUGCGAAGACUACAAAAAGAUCAAGUCUUCCUUCCGAAUGUCUUCUAGGGCCAAGAAGAUCUACGAGCAGUUCAUCAGAGCGGAAUCUCCCAAGGAGAUCAACAUCGACCACCACACCCGGGAGCAGAUCAAGAGGAGCGUCAAGGCUCCCACGUUGUAUUGCUUUGAUGACGCCCAGAAGAUUGUGUACGGACUGAUGGAGAGGGACUCCUACCCACGUUUCCUCCGCUCAGACUUUUAUAAAACGCUCCUGGAGAACCUUACUGCCGACGCCACCGCCAAGGUGUGAUACAACGGCAACAAGGAGGAGGUGGA